AAAGGAAGCAAGCGUCGCCCCUAGCAACGGGGGAAAGCUGCUGAUUUAGCGGAUUUAGCAGUGUUUCAAACCUAUAAUCGGGCUGAAUAAAUGCUCAGAUUGAGGUGGCUGCAGUGUGAGUAUUUUGAAGCUGACGCGGGAUGGCUGCAGUGAGUCCGUCCGUGUUCCUGCUCACUGUGAACGGACAGAUAGAAGCGGGAAACUUUCCAGAGUAUGACAACUUGUACUGCAAAUAUUGUUACGUGUACGGUAAUGACUGGACUCCAACAUUUGGGCUGGAGGAGGGCAUCACACAAAUCACCUGCAAAGGAAGUCAGUCCAAUAAAUUAAUAUGGAACUUCCCACUAGAGACGACAUUUAAAAGUACAAGCCCCAGUGGAUGGCCUCAGUUGGUAGUGAGCGUCUAUGGUCCAGAUGUGUUUGGUAAUGAUGUGGUCAGAGGAUAUGGAGCAACGCAUAUUCCCAUCACCCCUGGACAACAUUCAAGAACCAUUCCUAUGUUUGUUCCAGAGCCCACCUGGAGACUUCAGAAGUUUACAAGCUGGUUGUUAGGACGGAGACCGGAGUACACAGACCCUAAAGUUGUUGCUCAGGGCGAAGGCAGAGGAGUAACACGUGUCCGAUCCCAAGGCUUUGUCACCGUCUCCUUCCACAUAAUGACCAAAGAUAUGAGGAAAUUAGGUUACGAUACUGGGCCUUCCACCACACAGCCAUAUUCAACAGACUGGUCAGCUGACUGAUUUCACUGUCCACAUGCUCUGGACUUGGAGCAGGUUUACCUCUGCGGAUUUUAUUGCUGCAAAAUUUCACAAUAUAUAUUUUUAAAAGUGCAUUCUUACUUCCUUUGUUAUUUUAUGGAUUUUAAAAAUGCAAGUGCUGUCUGCUACAAGACCUUUAUUUGUAUGUUUACUUUGUAGAAUUUUUAGUACUGACGUAUUUAUAUUUUUCCUUUUUUUCUUGUUUUUACUUUUUUAUAUUAAACUUGAACUGGUCACGGUUG